UAAUGGCCAGCCAUGAUCUGCUGUAGUGCUGGGCAGGAGGAUGACAGAGAAAGAAAACCAUGGAGAAAUACCUUCCCAAAUAUGUCCCAUUCUUCACUCUUCUGGCUCUGUCAGGACUCUUAUUCCUGCUGUGGAAUAUCACCUCAUUGGAAAGCUGGAACUGUCAGACAGUAUCUACUUUCUAUCAGCUUCAGAACAGCAUCCAAUCAGUCUUGAAGACCUCUGAAUUUUUUCUACCGGUGGAGUUUAACUACUCCUUCUGUGCCCACCUCGGCCAGGAGCCCACUGCAGAUGAAGCCAGGGAGGAGAGCUAUCUUCUCAAAUCCAUUGCCUGGCCAGAGCCAUCGGUCUUAAGACUGCCAUUGCGUCAAAGUAGUGAUCCUGCACAGAGCUAUUAUACAAUCCAAGACCCUGGAGAUCUGCAGGUGGGUGGGCAGCUGGUGGUGAAGGUACAGAUGCACAACUUUUUGAGUCAGCCCAAAAAAUACGGAGGAGACUUCCUAGUUGCGCGACUUCACACGCCAGAACUGGCUGCAGGUGUGGCUGGCCAGGUACACGACCACAACAAAGGAAACUACACUGUAUUUUUCCCACUGCUUUGGGCAGGUGUUGCCCAGGUGGAACUGACAAUGAUUCACUCCAGCGAAGCUGUGAUGGUCCUCAGGCGAUUGAGAGAGGAACAAUCGGACAGAGUGUUCUUCAAGAGCCUCUUCCACUCGGGGUACCUUUCUGAGACCACUUUGUGUAACAUGUGUCUGCCGCACAAACAGCAGCCGCUUUGCAACUACACAGACCCCCAGACCGGAGAACCUUGGUUCUGUUAUAAGCCCAAGAUGUUGGACUGUGAUACACGGAUUAACCACUCAAAAGGAGGGUAUAAGAAAAACCUUCUCACUGUUUAUGAGUCACAGUUCUUCCAAAGUGGAGUAAAUAUCAAAAUUCCAAUACAUUCUGCAGGGGUGGACAAUGUGACUGUUCAACCUGCUAAAGUACAAACCAAAGGGAUGCACCUUGAAUUCACUUCUUCGGGGUACUACUACCAGGGAUCAUGGAGGCCGUUGAGUGGUGUCGUCAUGCGUCAGUUUAAUGGCUCUUCAGUCAUAACGCAGUGUCUUCAAGGGAAAAUGGUGUACAUGUAUGGAGACUCCACUGUGCGACAGUGGUACGAGUAUCUCAUUGGCCAUGUUCCAGAGUUAAAGGAAUUCAACUUUCAUAGCCCGAAGAAUGUUGGCCCGUACAUGGCAGGGGACAGCAACCACAACAUACUGUUGAGAUACCGUUGCCAUGGGCCACCGAUCCGCUUCAUGUCUGUGUCCUCGGCUGAGAUGCACUAUAUCUCAAAUGAGCUGGAUGGCUUACGAGGGGGCUCGGACACGGUGGUUGUGAUUAGCAUCUGGUCGCAUUUCAGCACUUUCCCAGUACAAGUGUACAUGCGGCGCCUGCGCCACAUCCGCAUGGCAGUGAUUCGACUGCUGAACCGAGAACCGGCGACUUUGGUGCUGAUCCGCACAGCCAACCUCCAGAAACUGGACCCAGAGUCCAGCUUGUUCAACAGCGACUGGUUCUCCCAACAGCUUGAUGCAGUGCUCCGAGCCAUGUUUAAGGGUCUGAAUGUCCACCUGGUGGACGCCUGGGAGAUGACACUCGCCCACCAUCACCCUCAUCAGCUACACCCUCUACCUGACAUUAUAUCAAACAUGGUUAACUUAAUUCUUUCGCACAUCUGCCCAGUGAGGAGAAAGAAAAGACGUGGCUAAACAUCUCAAGCAGUAUUUGUGGGCAAUCUUGAGGAACUGGUGAGACUUGACGUUAAUCAUCCAUACCUUUGCCUUUGGAUCAGCUUUUUUGCUAUAUUUUCAGCUAUUAUUUGCUAUCUGUUUGGGCUUGCAAAGGUUUAUAAUGAUUUUGCUGGCAAUAUUAAAAUGAAAAAGCACCAUAAAACAGCAAACAGUUAAUGUAGCCCUUUAUACCUUCAAUAUACUGAGUUUUUAAUUUUUUUUUUAGCUAAAACAAGUUUAACAUUUUCCUAAAGAGAAUAGAUAAUUCCCCUAUAAAACAUUUAUAAUGAUAGAGCACUUACUAUUGAUUUUACAUUGGACUCUGGCAGACCCCUUUAUCUUAAAUUAUUUCAGUAAGGUGCUUUUUUUGAAGCUCAGCGGCAACAAGUGGAUGAGGUUUUGUUAGUUAUAAAAUUAUUCUCCAAUCAAUUCAGCAUAUUAACGUGGUCAACAGGCAAAAACUAAUCAAACUUAAUUGCUUGUACUCCAGUCAGGGAUUUGAAUAGGGCUAGUUCACCCAAAAAUGAAAAUCCUGACACCAUUUACUCACC